AAAAAUGAAAGUGAAAGUAGUAAAUAGCGUUUCUCACUUUCUGCGUAAUUUGUUAGGAAACAAUUUUACGAUUUGUAUUCUGAUGAUGUGCAUCCGCUUAAGUCUACAGUAUAAUAUGAAUAUGUUAAAAUGAGAAAAUUGACAGCUGCUAAAUAAAGGUAUAUCAGUACCGCCUGCAGUCAAUAUCACUGAGAAAAAAUAUGGGGAUCCGAGGUCUAUUGUCUCAUUGUCUAAGAAGAAGAGAAGAGUGUGUGGAUGAAGUGGACCUAGUGGCUCUAGCUAAAAGCAGAGGAGGCAUUGAAAUUAUUGUGGACUUUUACUCCUUUGAGCAUAUGGUGGUUCCCAAAUUCUGGAAAGGACUUGGCAGUCUCAGAAAUAACCAAUUUCUUAAGAUUCUUGGUGGGGAAUACAAAUCACUGAAAACCUUUAUCAAGAGAUUUAUUGAAAUUUUCAGACAGCUUAAGAUUUCAUUCGUGUUCAUUAAGGAUGCUACCAAAGGAUGUUCGGAAGCCAAUAGUCAGCAGAAGCUAGACACAUGGAUGAAAAGACACCACAAGGAGGUGGAGAAUUUGAAUGAAGUGAUCAAUGUGUGCAGAGGAAGGAAAGAAGUGUCAAACCUGGAAGAACAAAUGUUCACCAGACCAGUGUGUUUAGAAAUUCAGAUUGUUGAGACACUUAUGUCUUGUGGGUGUGAAAUGAUCCAAAGUGUCACAGGAGAAGCAGAUUUCAUGAUUGCAAAAGCUCUUCAUGAUCGAGAAAAAGCAUUUGCUAUCUGGAGUAAUGACUCUGACUUCUGUGUUUUUGACAAAUGUAGAUUUAUUCCAAAUGAUUUGUUUGACAUGUACAAUGGUCUUCAGAUGGGAUUGCCCAUUGAAGUUCCGGUGAAACCCGAGGCUGUAUGGUGUGGUGUCAUCUCUAGCGAAAAAGUCCGGUUCUCGUUGGGGUUUCAGAGUCCGCACCUCAUGGUAGAACUGAGCAUCAUUGCUGGCAAUGACUUCACCUCACAGUAUGUCAGUACUGGUUUGAAUAGACAAAUUGACAUAAGAGGAAGGAUUGGUGUCGAAACUUUUGCAGAAUGGGUGAAUCGCUACAGAGGCAUAGAAAAUCAUCCCAUGCUAUACAGGGAAAUGUCACGCAAUGUUAGCUUUGCCAGGGCAGUAGAACACUCCAGAAUGUUCUAUUGUCUUCAAUCCAACCCCGAGGAAAUUGUUCACAAAGGAUACUUUUCUAAGCUCCUUGCAGAGAAGAUUUCUUCUCUUAAAUACCCCAGUCACUUGAUGGCAAUGCACAACAACUUUUACUGGCAUCGACUGUUACAAGAGGAUACCACCAGGGGGCAGCCUUGUGCUGAGGAGGCAUUAACUGAACUACGAGCCCUCAUCUACAGAAUUGUCCUUCCCCGCAGAGAAAAUCUUGUCAACGAGUAUGGGCGCAGCCCUUGGGAUACAUUAAGAAUUGAGGGGGUUUUAGCCAUUGAUGAUCCAAAUCUUCCAGCUCUCCACAAAAUACAAGAAGAUAAGAUAUUCUGGAAUCUGAACUCUUUCCACUAUAUAAUGUCACACCAAGAGCCAGUGGAGAGGCCCAAAUGGUUUGACCGCUAUGGUAGGAAGAAUGGUUUCAUUGUGUACUGUCUACGGUACUUCCUGUUGUUGAACUGGGGGAGGAAUCUUCAGCUGCAGCAGCAGGAGUUCUUGGCCCUGUGUGCCCUCGUGUUUGCACGACCCAGGGAAGAACACUACCAGCAAAUCCAGAUCCGCCCCACCCCCCGAUGUGUGUCCAUUGGGAACUGGUUCCUUGAUGUGUAUCGACAUGCAUUCUUGUUCCUUGGAAAACUGCUCUACCUUACUCAUGAGUUUCCCCUCCCUGAAGAAAUCUACUCGGGAUCUGUAUGGACAUGUUUUUACAUGUGCUGUAAAGAUGACACCUAUUAUGCUGCAUCCAGACAAACGACCCAAGAGGUUCUUUCGUGGAUCCAGGAUCAAAUGAACGCGGUGAUCAGCGAUAAACGUCACGUGAUCAAACAUAUUACAGAGGGAGUGUUUGAAUUUAAUGACCGGUUUUAGUUUAACCAGUGUUCCUGACGCACGUCACGUGAUCAAAAAUGUUUCCAAUUACAAUGUAACGUGAUUAAAUGUUACAGAUGGAGUGUUGAAUUUGACAGAUUCUGUUCUAGCUAAGGAUAAGACACUUGGUUGUGAUCAAACAUAUAACAUAGAGACUCAUAGUUUUUAAUCAAUUAAAGAUAUAGUGACAGCUAUCACGUGUUGAAACAUUACACAGGGAGUGUUUGGUUUAUUAACGGAUUGUAAUCCAGCUAAAAAUAGCAAAAGACGCCAUGUGAUCAUAAUUAACUCAGCCUCAAAUAAUUCGAAAUAUCUUUAAAAGUUUGAACAUUCAUAGACUCAUGAAGACUGAACAUCAUUUUUAGUUUUCUCAAAUUAACGCGCUUAAAUAGUUCAAUUGGAUGUGCGAAACAAUUCAGUUAUGGAGAGAAUCAACUAAAUGAUUGGAAUAUCCAAAUACACACUUUUAAGGAAGAGAUUGCGAAUUAAUGUUACAUUUUGCAAAUAGCCCGGUUAUAUAAUAGUGAGUUUUAGUUUUAAGAACUGCUUUUGUUUUGUUGUUGUUGUCCGUUUGGUAUUAUUUUUUAAGUGUGUGUAUAUGUUUUCACAAGAAAUAAUAGUUUGCAUGGACAAUUGUUAGCGAAUACGCUGCUUAUUACGUUAGUUAAUUAAACUUUUUUACUGUUA